GCCGCCGUUCUGCCUGCAGAUCGGCUCGGAGACCUUCGGAGAUGCUGCCCGCUGCAGGGAUGGAUUACAAAAGCAGCAAAGUGUCGGGCAGAGUUUGAGACAAAGGGGCGACUUUUCUGGAGAGGUGUAUGUUUGUGUGGACAGUAGUGUGCCAGGAUGAAGCUGCUGAAGCCGAGCUGGGUGAGCCACAACGGCAAACCCAUAUUUUCUGUGGACAUCCACCCCGAUGGGACAAAGUUUGCCACCGGUGGACAAGGGGAGGAUUCUGGGAAAGUGAUGAUCUGGAACAUGGCCCCUGUCCUCAGAGAGGAGGAUGAGAAGAAUGAGAAUAUUCCCAAGAUGCUCUGCCAGAUGGACAAUCACCUGGCCUGUGUGAACUGUGUGCGCUGGUCCAACAACGGCUUGUACCUGGCAUCGGGAGGAGAUGACAAGCUGGUCAUGGUGUGGAAGAGAGCGGCGUUCAUUGGGCCGAGCACGGUGUUCGGCUCAAGCAGCAAGCUGGCCAACGUGGAGCAGUGGAGGUGUGUCACCAUCCUGAGGAACCACACUGGAGACGUGAUGGACGUGGCGUGGUCUCCUCACGACGUGUGGCUGGCCUCCUGCAGUGUGGACAACACCAUCGUCAUCUGGAACGCUCGCAAAUUCCCAGAGAUGGUGACCUGUCUGCGGGGACACACGGGGCUGGUUAAAGGCCUGACCUGGGACCCCGUGGGGAAGUACCUGGCCUCCCAGGCCGAUGACCACAGCCUGAAAGUGUGGAGGACGGUGGACUGGCAGAUGGAGGCCAACAUCACCAAACCCUUCAGUGAGUGUGGGGGAACCACCCACGUCCUGCGGCUCUCCUGGUCUCCGGACGGCCAGUACCUGGUGUCGGCCCACGCGAUGAACAACUCCGGCCCCACGGCUCAGAUCGUGGAACGCGACGGCUGGAAGACCAACAUGGACUUCGUGGGCCACCGGAAAGCCGUCACCGUCGUGAAAUUCAACCCGAAGAUCUUCAAGAAAAAGCAGAAGAACGGCAGCUCUCCCAAACCCAGCUGUCCGUACUGCUGCUGCGCCGUUGGAAGUAAAGACCGGUCCCUCUCUGUCUGGCUCACCUCUCUGAAGCGCCCUCUGGUGGUGAUCCAUGAUCUCUUUGAUAAAUCCAUCAUGGACAUUUCCUGGACUCUGACGGGUCUGGGGAUGUUGGUGUGCUCGAUGGACGGCACCGUGGCCUACCUGGACUUCUCUCUGGAUGAACUGGGAGACCCUCUAAACGAGGAGGAGAAGAACAGCAUCCACCAGAACAUCUACGGCAAGAGUCUGGCCAUCACCAACACGGAGGCGCAGCUCUCCACCACCAUCAUCGAGAACCCCGAGAUGCUGAAGUACCAGCAGGACCGACAGAGCUCCGCCCAGAACAGCUCGGGUCCGGGCGGCGCCGGGCCCGAGGCCGCCGCGCCCAAACUCAACAGCGUGAUGAACGGGGAGUCUCUGGAGGACAUCCGGAAGAACCUGUUGAAGAAGCAGGUGGAGACGAGGACGGCGGACGGCCGGAGGAGGAUCACGCCGCUCUGCAUCGCUCAGCUGGACACAGGGGACUUCUCCCCGGCGCUGUUCAACAGCGCCCCCAUCCUGCCGUCGGGCUCCUCCAUGUCCAACCAGCUGGCCUCUCAGCUCAGCUCGGACUCCAGCCCGGGUCAGGCGCCCUCCGUGGGGCUCCGGCCUAACCAGGACGCCAUGCUCACCUCGCCUCCGCCCAACUGCACUGCUAAAGGCCUGGAGGAGCCCAGCGGCGGGGUGAAGUCCAGCCUGCUGCUCACCUCUGCCUCCAAGAUCGAGCCGAUGAAGGCUCUGGACUCCAGGUUCACGGAGAGGUCAAAAGCCACUCCAGGCGUCACAGCGGCCAUCGCCUCCACUGCUGGACUCGCGCCUCUGGAAGGCAGGCCCAAAGACGGCGGCGGCGCCCUGAAAGAGAGCAAGGUCAAGGACGAAACCAGCAGCGACAGCGAGGACAAGAUGGCCGCCAUCAACAAAAACCUGAGCUUCAGCAAGAGGAAGCCCGAGCUGAUGAUGGACAGCAGCGAGGUGGUGGAGAAGAGGAAGAAGGGCCGGCCCAGAAAGGACAAGAUGGCCGCCUCUCUGGUGCAGACCUUAACUCAGAUCUCUCCUCCGGUGGAGCGGGACAGCAGCAGGGCGGCUGCUCCUCUUCCGGCCGCGGCGCUCAGACUGCAGACGCCCAGCACCCAGAAGGCCUUCAGCCUGCAGGUCAGCAUGGAGCCGUCGGUGUUCGUGGAGGUGGAGAACGAGGUGUCGGCGGUGGCCGGGUCCAAGCUCAGCCAGCUGCGCUGCUCCAGAGAUGGAAGGGACUGGAACACACUGCUGCCCAGCUCGGUGGUGCUGGCGGCAGGCAGCAGCGAGGUGCUCGCCGUGGCCAGCGAGGACCGGAUGCUGUCGGUGUUCUCCUCCUGCGGGCGGCGCCUCCUCCCAGCCAUCCAGAUGGCCACGCCCAUGUCCGCCCUGCACUGCUCCGCCCACUUCGUCAUGGUGCUCACCGCCGGCGCCACGCUGUCCGUCUGGGAUGUUCACAAACAGAAGGCUCUGGUGAAGAACGAGUCCCUGCUGACUAUUUUAUCAGGCACAGACACCACGGUGUCUCAGUCCCUGCUGACCCAGCAGGGCGUCCCGGUCAUCGGCCUGUCCAACGGGAAGUCCUACUGCUUCAGCUCGUCUCUGGGAACCUGGACUCUGAUCGCAGACAAGGGAGACUCUCUGCUGCAGUGCGCUGACUUCAGGAGCUGCUUGCCGACCCACGAUGCACCUGUGUGCUCGGGGCCUCUGGCCAUCAUGCAAGGACGCAACCUCACUGCCGGCCGGCUGGCGUCCCGCCUGUCCUCCACCGCCCACCACCUGCAGCAGAGCAUGACGCUGGCCUUCCUGGAGAACCAGCUGGCCUCCGCCCUCACGCUGCAGUCGGCUCCGGAGUACCGCUACUGGCUGCUCAUCUACGCCCGCUUCCUCGUCAAGGAAGGCUCGGAGUACCGCCUCCGAGAGCUGUGCAAGGAGCUGCUGGGUCCGGUCCACAAGUCAGCCGUCACAUCCUGGGAGCCCGCCACUUUGGGUCUCCGGAAGCGGGAGCUGCUGAGGGAGGUUCUGCCUGUGAUCGGGGAAAAUCUCCGAUUCCAGAGACUCUUCACAGAAUACCAGGACCAGCUGGAGCUGCUCCGCGGCAAAUGACAGCGCGGCAGGCAGGCUGCCGACAGCCUGCUGGGCUCAGGCGACGCGGCGGAGGAACCCUGAGGGCCGGCGUCGCCUCGCAGCUCCUCUGGGACACUCAGUGCCGCCACUCACACCGGACAAGCCUUCUCUUUUACCUUUGAAUAUGAAUUUGAGCUCUCUUCUGCUUUCUUUUCCCUCUCGACGCGGACUUUUUUCUGAGCUAUGCACCUCCACCCCCCCUCCAGUCCGGUCACUCGUGGAGCGUUGGGCAGAGCUGGAGGAACGAGAACGGCUGUGAAGGAGCGAUGUACUCGUACCAAAGUUCUGCCUUCAAACAGACUGACGAGCAGGGGGCCACGUCCAUAGAUUUCCUCCAAACUCGUCGGGGAUCUUUCAGUUUUUCUCAUUCUGACUGGAUUUGAACCAGCAACUCACAAAUAUUUCCCUCAAUCUGCGCUGAUAACAGUGAACCCGGUGUGGACGGGAGCCUGAAGUGCAGCAGGAAAUGGUCCAUCGGCAGAAGAGUUUUCAUCAUUUUGGUCACUGGAACCAGAGAAUUUCAGCUCCAGAGGGGAAAAAUAAAGACUUAAAACUAAUAGUUUUAAUAUAUUAGUGAUAAUUCAUAAAAUCAUGAGUUUAUUUUCAGUCCACCAAUUGAUAAUCAUGAACAGUUCUGAGAAUAUGAGGAGUUUAACAGGGAUCAGACUGGAAGCACAGUGAAAAAGGAUCAGUACCACGUCACACCGGCGCUGCGCCUGAAAACUCUGGACUGCCGAGCCCGUCGCUCAGAAAUCAUGACACAGUUCUCCAUACCGUCACACCUUCCUCACUGCCCUGAACCGCUCCAGUCUUCACUGACAGGCGUUAAUCAUCUGUUGAGAAUACUUCCUGACCUAUAUUUUGAGGACUUGUUGGGGAGCGCCUUCAUCCCGUCGCCCCGCUAAACACUCCGUGCUCACUGUGAUCAGCUGGAUGGGAGAACAUGACGGAUUGGCUGCGUCUGCUCGCCGUGUGGACCGUCGGCGGCAGUGAGGAGCAGGAGUCAGUGCUGCCGCGUCCUUGUGUGUGUGUGUGUGUGUGCUUCUCACUGCUUCUCUGAUGUGACGGACGUUGUUCUGACGUUUUAGCCAAUAGAUCACGGUACCGGACUGAAGGCAGGCGGCACAAAGCACUUCACACGGGCGGGAAUCACUCUGACGGUAGUUUUAGCUCUCGCAGUGCAGACUUGGUUAGAUUUUAUAUAUCAGGGAUUCAAACCGGGUUCCCCCCUUCUUCAAAGCUGAAACUCUCAGUGUGGACGUUCGGUAGCAAAGCUCUGAGACAAUCACAUUCGAACGUGAAGGCGCCGACCGGCCGCUGCGAUGAAGGAGUUCAUCCAGGUCCGAGCAGCUCAGCUGUGACGUUUAGAGCAGGAAGCCGUCUGCGUUGAACCGAACAUAGUUUCUAAUAUUCUCUAACUCUCAGCAGCCUUCCCGGUCUUGCAGUACCAGUUUGUACCACUAGAGGCUGUGGUGGGUCUCACCUUUGUAACUUGAACUAAAGCGACAUGAUACGGCGUCUUGUCCGAGUUUAUGAUCAUGAAACUAUAAAACCUUUUCUGUUUUACUCUGUCGACGGAGCAGGUUGGCCCGGAAGCAGCAACGUUUCAGGAAAAUCUAAGACAACUAGAAGAAGAAGAUGACUAGAAGAGCGAGCGAGCGAGCGCGUGUCUGAAGGCGCCUCUCGACGUCUGAGUUGUUUCAGAAAUCACGUGGCUGAUUGUGUUUGAUUGAAACCUGCUUCGUUUCACCUCCGUUUCUAGACUUUUCCCGGGCUCAGCAUGAAAGCAGCUGGGCGCCCGGAGUCUGUUUUUGUUUGCUUCAAGCUCCGUUUCAACAAGCGCACGUUUUGUUCACCUGUACAGAAUUCCCUUUCUCCUUUUUUUUUUGUUUUUUUUUUUUGUUUUUGCUGUUAGUCAUUUUUAGAUGUUUACUAAAA